AGCAUAUUACAUAGAAGUAUACAGGCAUGCGGCACUGUUUUUUACUGCAAAGUCAAGACAUGUGCAGUUACUUAACUUUCAGAGGUCUGUCCAAAUUUUUAUGACCUCAGUAGUUUAUCUUAGCCAUAGCAGUUGUAUAACUAGUACUGUACUAUAAAUGUUUGAUCAAUUUUGAAUUUCGAACUACAAAUGUUUCUGUCAGGAGUUAAGACUGACACAGUCCUUAGAAAUGUUCCGUGGCCGAUUCCUUCAGAAAAGAACAAUAGUUUCAUACAGAAAAACAGUUUCCUCGGCAUGGUCAUGGCAGUUGGCAAAUCAUCACUACUUUCCUCGUGUCUGAAGCUUUCUUGGUGCAUCGCAGGGCUUCAGCGCUGCGGCCGGAGUUGCCGUUCACGGUGGCUGAACUACCUUCGUCCGGGGCUGAAGCACGGCAACUUCACGGCGGCCGAGGAGAGGAUCAUCUGCGAGAUGUACAGCAAGAGGGGAAGCUGCUGGUCUAUCAUCGCCGCCGUGCUCCCCGGGAGGACGGACCUCGCCAUCAAGAACUACUGGAACAGCACGCUCAAGAAGAGGUUCCCCCGCGCGGCCAGGAGCCGCCGCCGCACCAGCAGUGAUUCCUCCGACGACACCGGCCCAGACCUCACGCUGGUCGUCUACAACGACGACGAGAGCACCAGCACCACCACGGCGCCGGACCUCGCGCUGAUCGUGUACAACGAGGAAGAGGAGAGCGCCGCAGAGCCGGAGCUCCCGCUGGUCGUGUACAACGAGGAGGAGGAGAGCGCCGCAGCGCCGGAGCUCCCGCUGGUCCUGUACAACGAGGAGGAGAGCGCCACGGCAGGAUCCUCGUCAAGCCAUUCCAGCGGCGUGGACAAGCCCGUGGCCGUCCUGUCCGGCUCGCAGCUGCAAGCGGGACUGCAACCGCCGCCGCCAAUUUGCGCGCCGGUGCAAGCGGGAGCGCAACCGUCGCCGCCGCCGGUCACCCUUGUGAAGGAAGAGCUGAUCAGCGCGCCGGUGAGGACGUCGCCUGUUGAUUAUCAUCAAACAGGUGAAGAGAUGGACGUCGGCUGGGCUCUCAUGUCCCCGAUGCCCCUGUCGUACAUGGACCCGGAUCUCGCUCGCAUCAUUGGCAUCGAUCUGCCUCCAAUUGCUGGUUUCGAGGAUAUCGGUAGCUUCCUCUCGUUCUUCAAUUAA